AUGGUACUUGCCCUCGAUAUACCGCUAAGACCGCCGGAGCGAGCCGUACUAGAGUUUUUAUUAGGCGUAGUCUUCGGACCGCAAAGAAAUCUGAGCACCUACACAAGCCGCAGAAGUUGUCAGCGACACGAUGUGGCAGCAGCCAGUCACAUUAUUCGCCUCUAUCUUGAUAGGGGUCGAAGAAAGAGCGGUUUCACCGAUGCUUGCCAUCUCGUCUAUGGCAACACGAUUGUGUUGAGUACACAGGUCGCCAGACUUUUGCGUGAUGCGAUUCGAGCCAAAGAACUCCUGUCCUAUUCUUCCUAUCUCGCAGAGGAGGAGGAGAGAAGACGUAGAACUCGCGAACAGAUGGAGAACGGGCUCAUUGACAACUCAAAGACACCGAAGAAGAAGAAAAGGUCGAAUGGAGCAGAUGAGGACGAAUUCGCUAUGAAAAGUCCAGUGAGUGUCGCCUUGAAGAAGGACAUCACAAUGCGCGACGUCUUGGGAACGCCUCAAAUCCAAAACAUCGAGAUUGACGAUGAUUUGGCACCGGCCACAGUCGAUGAUCUUGCUCUGCUCUAUGGAUUCCUUGGAUCAGAAGCCACACAAGUUGAUAAAACAUUUAUCGAUCAACAAUCCUCAUCAGCCGCGAAAAACCGUGAGGAACUGAUCCAAGACUUCGAUUUCGACGCUCCACCACCACCGCCACGACAAUCAUUCGCACCGCCCAUCGACGACGAUUUCGAGUUCCAGCGUCUAAGCGACGAGAUGAUCCAGCAGUCGCAUCAGACGCCAGUGAAAAAGAGACGAUCGGGAGAACGAACAUUCGAGCCGGGACCUCAUCUCGCCGAAGUGCUUCUUUAUGGACGAUUGCCACUCGUCGAUGAACGUAGGAGUAUGGAGGAUGAGAUGGAAGACGCCAGGAAUCACGGAAUUAACAACGACAACCUGGACGUUCCUUCUGCCCUGGUCGAUGUCCCACGACUGCCAUCGCAAAUCUCCCUGGACGAUAUUCCAUUUCCUUCGAGACCACCCCAGCGAACACCCUUCAGAACACCGCAGAGCACACGGAAAGCCAAGUUCGAUGUGUACAAUGGAGAAGUGGACCCGACGCAGGCCGAUAACAAUCGGUUCAGAAUUCCAUUGCGAGAGAUGAAUCGAAUGAUGGAGGACUUCUCUAGUCUCCACUACGAGGAUGGCAAGAUGCUCAGAGUGAAGCCAGCAGCCAAGAGCGCAGUCAAAGAGCUGUUCAGAUCUGUUCCCUACUUCAUAAAAGAUCGACGCAACGCGGAUACAUGGGACGUGUUGGAUGUGGGUUAUAAGAAGCCGAAUUCAAGCAUAUCCGGCAACACUGUGUCUGAAGAUGAAGACGAAAUCGAAUCGUCUAGUGGUUUUCGUCGUCCAAAACAAUACAAAAAUUUGGAGCCUAUCGAUUUGUCGAACCUGAAGGUCUCCAUGAUGCCGUUGAAGGAGACGUCGCCAGUAAUAUCUCCACUCCGCCCAGUCGUCGAUGGUAUCGAUAUGGAGGAUUUGGAACGUCCAAGAGACCAUAACGACGUCCCUCCAGAGUUCGAUUUUCCAAGACCAGAAGACGUUCAUCGUGAGCCAGGAGAAGUUCCAGAGGAGAUUGAAUUCCCUAGAAGAGAGGAUAAUGGAUCCAAUAUCACUAAGAUCUACGACGACGCCAUGCUCGAUGAAGACCCUUUCCCGACUUCCAAAACUUUCGAACCACCAUCAGCUGGUGAUAAGUCGGCUGCCACCAUUCGCGAGGAGCUUUUGAGACAGUGUGAGGAGGAGAGCCCGUACCCGAUCCAGUUGGACAGCAUGACUCCAAUCGAAACAACAUCUCGACGAGAAGCUGCGAGGACGUUCUAUGUGGUUCUUGAACUCAUCAAAAACCGGCGCAUCGAAGUCACUCAGGUGUCGCCAUUUGGACAAAUCGACGUGCAGCUCUCGGCAGAAGACUUCGAAGAUUUGGCGGUGUUGGCAAUGGAGGAGGAGAUGGACGAUGGCGAUUUUUAA